AUGACACCAUCCCUAGCUGGCGAAAUAAUCCAUUUAGCAGCUCAGUAUAGAUCAAAAAUGCUAAAAUAUUUGAGAAAGUCUGUGGAAAAGCAUUGUAUUGAAGAGCUGAAAUGCAAUUUUGAAGAUUUGGAAUAUGUUGUUCAAAUGCUGAUGACUGCCCAAGAAGCAUUAUUCUCGGAUCUGCAAAGUUGUUGCACAGCCGCAAUCAUUAGCUAUCAUUUUAAACAGUUUUUGGAAGUUUACUUGAAUUCGCUAAAAAUCAAGCGGGAUUUUCUCCGUAGCGCCUGUGUUCAAUGCUCUGUUAGUAAAUUACCAGCGAUUUGUCAAUAA